AUGUCGUUUGUUCAAUUGUAUUUACCCGGCGAAGUAGCCCAGAUAUGUAUAUCCAGCUUGGGCGAGCUGGGCAAGUUGCAAUUCAUAGACCUUAAUCCCGAUGUCAAUGCAUUCCAGCGCUCAUUUGUGUCUGAAAUCAGACGCUUUGACGAAAUGGAGCGGCAAUGCCGCUUUUUUCAAACACAAAUCGCCAAGGCCGACAUUGUCACAGCACCAUUAGCAACCACCACGUAUCUUUCUCGCGCCCCUUCCGCUCAAGAAGUUGACGAAUUGGAAGAAAAGCUGAAAGAACACGAAACACGCAUUUGUGAAAUGAACGAUUCAUACGAGAGUCUUCAACGACGAUACCUGCAAUUAACUGAACUCCGCCAUGUGUUACGCGAAACGGAUGCAUUUUUUGAACAAGCAGGAUCAAGGCACGAUAUCGUUCGUACUUCACUAGACGAAAUAGACGCCGCUGCUCCCUUAUUAGACAAUGACGUGGAGCAGGUACAGUACGAACUAAGUCAUCUUGAUUUGGGUCACGUCACUGGCGUGAUUGCUCGAUCGCGAUUACAAACUUUUGAACGCAUCCUGUGGCGAUCAUUGCGUGGCAAUCUGUAUAUGAAAUCCGUCGAUAUUGACGAGUCCAUCAUUGAUCCUGUCACGGACGAAGCGGUAGAAAAAGAUGUUUUCGCCAUUUUCGCGCACGGACGCGAAGUCGUUGCCAAGAUCAAGAAAAUAUGCGAAAGCAUGGGCGCAACGUUAUACACCGUGGAUGAUUCUUCCGAUAAACGACGAGAUACCUUGUUAGAAAUCACUUCCCGCAUCGAAGAUCUAGGCAAUAUUUUAUCCAAUACAAGUCAAAUGAGGCGGAUGGAGCUGUUAAAAGUAGCGGAAAAUCUCACCGCUUGGUUCACACUUGUACGAAAAGAAAAAGCCAUCUAUCAUACCUUGAACUUGUUCAAUUAUGAUGCCAAUCGUAAAUGCCUUAUCGGUGAAGGAUGGUGCGCCAAAAACGACAUUCUUGUUAUUCAACGCGCUUUGAAGGAUGCCACGGAUGCAUCAGGGACGAACCUGUCCUCCGUAUUGACGGAAAUCCAUACAAAUAAAACACGACCUACGUGCCAUCGAACGAAUAAAUUCACAGAAGGCUUUCAAAACAUCAUUGAUGCGUAUGGCAUUGCUCGCUACCAAGAAGUCAACCCUGGUCUUUUUACGGUGAUUUCUUUCCCGUUUCUAUUCGCCGUCAUGUUUGGUGAUAUUGGUCACGGGUUACUCAUGCUGUGCUUUGCCUCGUACCUUGUUCUCAAUGAGAAGCAGCUGGCGAGUAACAAUGGGGAGAUUUUCAAAAUGUUUUUCGCUGGUCGAUACAUGAUGCUAAUGAUGGCUAUUUUUUCCAUUUUUACCGGGGCCAUCUAUAAUGACAUCUUCUCCUUGUCGUUGAAUCUAUUCAAAUCCGGAUUCGACUGGCCGCGGGAAUACAACGGCAUUGAUGCAGUGGAAGGUAUACCCAAUGGUCACGUCUACAAAUUCGGGUUUGAUCCUGCCUGGCAUGGAGCAGAAAACUUUUUAUUAUUUUCCAAUUCAUACAAGAUGAAACAGGCCAUCAUCCUUGGUGUGAUUCACAUGUCAUUUGCUAUUUGUUUGAACGUCUAUAAUCAUGUGCACUAUGGCAACCAAAUAUUUAUCUGGCUUGAAUUUCUACCACAAAUCUUGUUCAUGGAGUGCAUCUUUGGUUAUCUAGUGUUCUGCAUUCUGUACAAGUGGAGUGUGGACUGGUGGGCAGUAGAUGAUCAAGGUCACACACUUCAUAACUCGCCGCCCAAUCUAUUGAACAUGCUCAUUUACAUGUUUCUAUCUCCGGGCAAGGUCGAUCCUCAAGAUCAACUCUAUCCUGGACAGGGUCCUGUUCAAGCGAUUCUUUUAUUCAUUGCUUUUAUCUGCGUCCCAUGGAUGUGGUUUGCCAAACCGUAUUACCUCAAGAAACUUCAUAGCCAACAUCGCUAUCAAACAGUGGCAGCCGAGGACGAGCAUGAAUUGCAUUCAGGAGACGGUCAUCACGAAGGCAUGGAAUUGUUUAUAGAAGAACCGCAGCAAGAAGAGGAAGAAGAAUUUGAUUUUAGUGAAGAAAUGAUUCAUCAGACGAUCCAUACCAUUGAAUUUUGCCUCAACUGCAUCUCCAAUACUGCCUCGUAUCUUCGUUUAUGGGCGCUUUCACUGGCUCACGCACAAUUGUCCAGCGUCUUGUGGGAUAUGACCCUAAAGAUAUGGUUCAAAAUGUCAGGGCUGGCCGCCGCCCUGGGUUUAGUGGUUGGAUUUGCCAUGUGGUUCGUAUUAACGAUCGGCGUAUUGCUUUGCAUGGAAGGAUUAUCAGCUUUCCUUCACGCACUUCGUUUGCAUUGGGUGGAAUUUGAUGGCAAGUUUUAUCAUGGCGAUGGUGUGCUUUUCGAACCGUUUUCGUUUGCUACUAUAUUGGAACAGUUCUCCGAAUAA